AUGAUCACGAACGAGCGCCGUGCCGCCGAUGCCGAUGCGAACGACAUGAUUGCGAGGGCGCAAACGACGGGAUCACCGAGACCGGCCGACAAGUACUCGGUUGUUUCCUCCCUGCCGAAGGGAUGGGGAGAGUCGAGGGUCGACCGUUCCGAGUUCUAUCGUACACCGCUCAUCGUCGCUGCGAGUGUCAUCCUCGCCAUCCUCAUCGUGACCGGCCUCAUCAUCUUUGCGAUCCAACGACGAGUGCACACCCGACGCAAGAGAAGGCAUACGGCCCGAAUGCGGCGCAAGGCGCUGGCGGCCGCGGGCCUGACGGAAGACGACCUGAAGGUUGGAGGCGAGGACGCUGAAGUGGCCUUCCAGAAGAAGCUGAAGGAGGUGGAGACUGCCUACGAGAUUAAGCAUCGCGGAAAGGCCAAGCACCACCGCCCAACAGCCAUCGUCCGAACCAAGGUCCGGGUAUGGCGCGGUGGAAUGCGUAGACGGAAGCCGACGCCUGGCGACGAGUUGAAGCCUGCCACUUCCCCGACGGGCAUGUCGACGGCCAUUGUGCUGAACCAGAACGGCUCUGUUGUGUCUCUCGCGACGACCGCAACCGAGCGGACGACCUCGACUCGCUCGUCCUCACGAUCGACCCAUCACAGCCGCCUGUCGAUCCACCCGUCCAACUCUCCGACGCCAAACACCAGCGAUCAGGGCGUAUCCGGUGCAUCCGAAGGGAUCGUGUCAGAAUGCACGCCAAACUCGCCAUCCAUGUCGUCCAACAAUGACCCGUCGCAGGGCAGCAGCGAGCCGACGCAGUCGUCCCCUGAAGUCGCUCAGAGCUCUACGCCGCCAUCGAACAUGCCGCCAGCGUACCGCCCCGCAUCUGUUCGCAGCGUGGAAGCUGGUCCCUCUCGCGGUGCCGGAUCUUCGCGCGGUCUGCGUCCUCCGCAAGUGUAUGGUCCGCUCGCACCGGAGAAGAGGUCAGCUGGCUUCUACCCCGCGCCGACGACGCCGGACGCCGAGGAGGCUCAAGCCGUUGCGCAACGCGCCGACGCCAAGGCUCCGAUCAUCCCGCCACCAGAGGACGACGACGAGACGCGGAUGCACGUCGCGACCGACGACAAGGGUGCGCUGGAGCGGAUGCGCCUUGGAGCGUCCGCGCCUCCAGUCAUGCGCGUCGAGGAUGCCGACGGUGCGGGUCCCUCUGCGCCAGUGUUCGAGGUAGACGAGGCGGGCUUCGAGCGGCUCGAGGGCAUCGAGGAGGCGGCGGAGACGGCGACAGCACCGCAAACGCCAGCCGCCACGACCGACAUGCCUGCGCCUCCUACGCGUGUUCUCCUCCGCUCGCUGCGAACGUUCAGCGACGCGCCGAGCCGCACCGAGUCGUCCGCCCUCUUAACGUUGCCAUCAACGCCAGCCGUCGAGCACGACUACAGUCUCACGCCAUCUGCGCCCCCGCUCGGCCUCGGGCUCGAGCCCGACUCGCCUGCGCCGAGUGCGCCGCCGCUGGCGAACGAUGAUGACGACGGCGACCUGUACGAGGCCACAGCCCCUCCGGCCUCGGACGACGGCAGCGAUGCAGGCGACGGCGAGCCGCAGCGGGACCCGACUCAGGCCACACUGACAGUCAACGGCCACCGCUUCCUGCCCGUCUACGAGCCGUAG